AUGGCCGAUAGUUCGAGAAAGAGGAAGCAAACCUCAGGCAACACUGGUCCCGGCAAUCCUGUCAAACGCACCCGAUUCCAACAAAGACCGCAGCAUGUCAUCCCCGCCAUACCAACUAGUAACGCGUACCCCAAUGGCGAGAUCAACGUCAAGAACUUCCUCAAGUCGCACGAGAAUGAGAUCAAAUCACUCGAGGGUGCCAUGCAGGCGGCGAAGAAGGGACUCUCGCGACGUGCCUUUCAAGAUGUGCCGAGGGAGUUGAGGAGGAGGACGGCGAGUCACAAUCCGCAUCGCGUGCCUAAAAGAUUGCGGAUCAGGGCGCGACAGGAAGCCAAGGAAGACAACACACCAAUUGCAAGAGGUACGAGUGGGAGUGGUGUUGGAAAAGGGAAGAAAAAGCAUCUGAGGAAGGAGGGGAGGGAGAAAAGUAGACAGAAGUCCCAGCAGAGGGUAAAGAAAGCAGCUGGUGAGAAAGACCAUGACGGGGAUGCAACAAUCGAGGAUGCGCCGAAGGGGGUCACGAAUCGCUCACCACCGAAGCCGAAGCGCAAGUUUUCCGCUCUAGCCACGCCCGCUACCCCUCCAUCGCGAUUCCGUAGACGGCAACGAGACAAGACAUGGUUACCCACACAUCUAUGGCAUACAAAGCGCGCAAAGAUGACAGACCCAAAGGAGCCUCUCUGGCGAUUCGCGAUUCCACUACAACCAGCAGCCAAGGCAUACCGUCUGACACACAGAGCCGCAACCCAGCGAGGGGCCGUCGCAUGGGAUAUGAGCUACAUAUCAACUCUCAGCCUUGAGGGCCCCGAGGCCAGUAUAACAGGGCUAUUGAAGGCUCUACACUUCGCUACAGACGGUGCAGAGGACCCGUGGCAGAACAGGGGCAGGGCUAAGAAGUGGAGAAAUGGCACCAGAGCCUGGGAAGGCUGGAUUUACGAAAGAGAAGCGAAGCCACUGAGGAACAUUGCUCAAGUGACUGUCAUCUGGUGUGCCCCGUAUGCAGGUAGUAACAAGACGAAAGCUUUCGUUCGUGUGCAUCCGAGUGCUUUCUUGCAACUCUGGAAUGAAGUUGUUAGGACUGCCAAAGUGCAGAAGCCGGCUGUCACCGUUCGAGAUCUCCGCUUCGAUAUUGGUUCCAUCGAAAUCACGGGCCCGGCCGCUGCAGAAGCCCUUUGCUCGAUUCUCGCUCCAGUGUCUUCCCCAGAUGCAGGAUCUGAUACUCCACAGUCUCUUUGGUCUGCCUUGGCUUCUGUGACAGACGUUGCAUCGUUACCAAACGGUGCGCUGUUGUCCUUUGACAUAUCAGAUCCCCGACUUCGCGAUCCCCCUCGCACUUCGCCCGUAGCAUACGACCAACAGUCGUUGACCGCCUUGACGGAAACCCUUGCAACCUGGCCGCUCGACAAUGCUCCAACACCAGCCUCAAUCUUCGAUACCAGCAGCCGACUAGCCGCGCAGCGAACUAUGCCAUCUCAAAAAUCCAUAAAUCGUCGGAAGAGCGUAUGCACGUUAGGCGAAGACCCACAGGCACGCCCAACCGAUCCACGUAUUCCGACACUCGUGUUUGUAUCGCGAGACAGCAAGUCCUGGACUGUUCUCCUUCCUUGGAAAUGCGUCACGUCCGUAUGGCGACAGAUUAUGCGCUACCCGGUCUCAACAGGCGGCAACCCAAGAUUUGGCGGCUUGAAAGAGAGACGUCAGGUCGAUUUUGAGCGCUCGAAGCCACACUUUCCGUAUGAUCAUCCUGGUACAGAUGCUGGCUGGGGUUGGGAAUUGCGUGAGCGUGAGGUGAGGAAGCAUGAGUGGACUAAGCGUCCGAAGGGUAAGAGGAUUGAGUGGUCGACCAUUGAUCUUGGUAAUGGUAGGAAGGGUGAAAUUGGGGACCCUUGGUCUUGCGGCUGGGAGUGCUUACUUCCGAGAUCAAAUGGAAAGAUGGAUACAUCACAAGACGGGUUGAAAGAGCCUCGGACUCCUGCCAGACAGCUCUCCUUCAGGGCUGCAGUUGACUUGACUGAAUUCGGCAACGCUUCGUCGAGCGACUCUUCGCUAUCCUCAGAUGUGUUCACUGUCAAGGUCACGAUGCUACAGCAAGGUACACCUACAGACUGCGCCCGCAUUUACCGACUGCCUACAGACCCACAACUUCGAAGCAAAUGGCUGUCUCUGAUACCACAACCCGGGACAAAGCGUAUAUCGACGAAGCAACAGAGUCGAGGUGUCGUUGAGAAGCCAGACCAUAUCCAGCGCAGGGAUCUUGCAAGGAGUCUCCUAGACAACGGCCCACCGAACGCUGACAAGGAGGAUUACCCUCUUGUCCCCGACGAGGCGGAUCUAAUCGGUUUCGUCACAACAGGCAACUACAAUCUUGCAGAAGGCAUGCCGACAGCAGUUGCGAAUCUAGCGGUGCACAAAGUAGUCAGCCUGUUGUCUGAGCAAGGCGUACCAAGAGCGGAUCGCGUGUGCAUAGUGAGACAGGCGGGAAGCACCAUGGGCAGACUGGCAAGAUGGGAGAUAGUCUAG